AUGCGAGUUUCCAGUAUCAUUGCCUCUUGCGCUGUCGGCGUUGUCGGCGUCGUAGGCACCGAGGUGCAAAAUGCCGAUGAAGCCCUUGCUCAGGCCUACAACAGCCUGAUGUCAUCGUUCCCUGUCGAAGAUUAUAAGACACAAGCUGAGGCGAUCUCGUUCUUGGCGACGUCGCCGGCUUUCCAGGCGAAGAUGGCGGCGAUGCCGCACUGCGACUUUGGUGCUGAAGAAGGUGCCGCCAUGAAAGGCGUCACUGCGUACCCAGGCGGAAUCGUUGCACGCCUGUUCGGCUCAGACCUGAGUUCAUUGGUCGCGAAGAUGGCACCGCAGGGUCGCGGGGCGGCGGAAGUCUUGGCUGCCAACGGCCUGGCCACUGGCGCAGGCCUCGUUCAAAGCGCGAUGUCAGCAUUGCUAAACGUCGCUCCUCCGCUCAUUGGUGCACCGGUCUGGAUCAAUCAGCCACUCCCGUGCAUGCCUUUGGCAACUGCUUCGAACUGUGGUGGAAGCGUUCUCUAUCCGAUCACCGCCAGCGACUUCGCGAUGGCCGACGUCACGGACAGGCAGCUUGACGGCACUAUCGCUGACUUCCCGCGUUUUUAUCGAAGCACAGUCGGCAAGACCAGCGACGCCGCCUACAAGGCCUGUUUCGCGGCUUACAUGGGAAUGCAGUGCGCUUCCGUUUUCCCGCGCUGCGCUGUGCCGAUGGCACGCGAAGAGCCCAGUCCGGUCGGAAGGUUGCCCCUGUGCUUCACAAGCUGUUUGCUGACGAUGACCGCGUGCCCAGGAAUGUGGAUCUCGGACAUGAAGGACGAAUGCAGUAUGGUCAGUGCCCCGCCGGCCUGCUCCAUGGCUAUCUUCCAUAACUUCCAACUGCUGCCGCCGCAGUAUGAAUCAUUCGAGGAAACGCUCGGUGCUACCGCCGAAUGUCCACAAAUGCCUGCUGUCGCGUCUUCCUUGGGUCUUGGAGCUGACAGCGAUAUCUACACGGUUGGUGGCGCCUCCACAUCUGCGUACGGCAGUGGCGCGACCUCCCUACCGAAUGCGUUGUAA